AUUGUUUAUUUCAAUUCUCAAUUAUAAUUUGACAAUUCAUGGUUCUCCUAGUAAAAAGAAAUGUAUUGUUAAAUUACUGUCGUGAAAGUACAUUAAAAAAAUAAAGGAUACCAUGGCCAACGCUCUGUUUGGAUGGGACUUAUUGUAUGGCAGUGUGGAAAAGGAUAUUAAAAGUGAUCAAGACAUUUUGGUAUGCUUCACUCAUCUUGUUCUCGUUUCACAUGGAUUCAGAACUGUAGGAUUAGGUGAAUCUAAAACUCUUGAAGGUAAUGAAAUAAAAUCCGAAGUACUGCCUAGGGAUUGGAAUCAGUUUUAUGCCAUAAGAUAUAUCUACCAAGGACGUUUGUAUAAUUUCAAAGCAACUAUGGUAGAUGAUGGGGUGAUGAUAAAUUUAUUGAGAGUGGAUGAACGUUCUGUUUCUCUCAUACUGUUGAAUUCCAGUUGGGUAGUCAAAAAAAAAGGAACUUUGGAUGAAAUGAUACCUGAUAAUAGAAAUAUCAGUGAUAAAAUAAAAAAGCAACUAAUCGACAAAGUCAUAAUUUCUAAAAAAACUAAGGAAAUGUCUUGCCAGACAGAAUCAGAGCAAGAUACUCGUAGAAAUACAAGUCUCAUUGAAAAUCAAAGACCUGAGUUGCCGUGGGGUCCUGCACUGUCGGUGGGUCCUUUUCCAAUCGUGGAUCCGAGAAAUUAUGGUAGAUCAGAUUUAGAUCCUUUAGGAGGGAUUGACCCCUUGAGGGUUCCAAGCAAUAGAGGUCCUGGUGGUGGGGGAAUGCUGUUUCAACCACCAGGACCAUCGUUUGGAGGCCCACCUCUUCAUCCAGGAAACCUUGGAGUUCCUCCAGGAGCAAUACCACCAGGUGCCAGGUUUGAUCCAUUUCGACCUCCAGAUGUAGAUAGGUCCUUUAAUAGAAGACCUAACAGGCCAGAUAAUGAUGAAUUUCCGCCUCCGGGAUAUGAUGAUAUGUUUAUGUAAAAUUAGUUUAAUGUAAGCAUCAAAAUGAUAGCUAACAGGAAAUUAUGUCAAUUUGUAUUCUUUCUUAAGUUGUGAAUAAAAUCAACAAUAAUGUAUGAGAUGAACCAUUCAA